CUGUGACUUUGUAUGGGUGUGGCGUCUCGUGCAUAGCUGGAACCAUGCAGCUGUUCAUCCGUGCUCAAAAGCUGUACACCCUUGAGGUGUUUGGACAGGAAACAGUAGCUCACAUUAAGGCUCACAUUGAGUCCCUGGAGGGCAUGGCACCUGAGGAUCGUGUUCUCUUGGGUGGAACUCCCUUGGAGGACGAAUCUCUCAUUGGGCAAUGUGGCAUCAGCGAAUUUACCAUGCUGGGUGGUAAGGUCCAUGGCUCCCUGGCUCGUGCUGGGAAGGUGAGAGGCCAGACUCCCAAGGUUGCCAAGCAAGAGAAGGAGGAGGAGGAGACUGGCUGUGCCAAGAGACACAUGCAGUACAACCAGGGCUUUGGCAAGAAGAAGGGCCCCAGUGCUAACUCCUAAAUGGCACACCUCACCCAAUAAAGCAGAUGUCACCC